AUGUCCGCUGUGACGCUGGACUCCAACGCGUGGUACGCCAUCUCCGAGGGCCGUGUCGCCAACGUCUCCGACCCUCUCACGACGAGCCUUCAAGAUACGGCCAACGGGCUCAGGGUGUUCGGUAAAACGGACGCGCUGUGGCAGUUCCAACCGGUGGGCAACAGGGAUGGUCGGUAUCUCGUGAGACUGAAUGCGGCCGGCGUGGGCCAGCAGCUUUCCGUGUGCUGGAACCUGGCCGAGGUCCACCCCAGCAGGACGAGGGGUUGCAUGAGGAAGACGGAAUCGGACGAGAGCCAGCAAUGGGACAUCACCGAAUGGGAGAGCGAGAAGGGCACGCUCAAGUUCACCAACGUCGCCAACGGCACGGGAUACGUCCUCGACGUCCACCCGGGGAACAACCUGUUCAUGUCGAGCGAGAUCGAGGGCACCGACGGCGUGUCCGCGCGCCAGCCUGCCCAGCACUGGAUCAUGACGAGUUCAAAGGCCGUCAAUGAUGGAGCGUACUCCACCAUCUACUCGGCGGGCACCACUCCUGUAAGCACGGCAACAUCAUCGGCAUCGGGAUCAUUGUCUGCAACCGCAACGGCAACAGGAACGGACGCAGGAGCAGCGACGGCGACGUCUUCCGGUGGCUCUACUACCGGGACCUCGAGCCCCGGUUCCUCACCAUCCGGAGGGCUCUCAACCGGCGCCGCGGCCGGAAUCGGCGUGGGCGUCUCCCUCGGGGCCAUCGCUAUCCUAGGCGCCGCCUUCUUCUUCUGGUGGCGUCGCAGAAGAGCUUCAAGAGACGCGGCGGCGGCAGCAGCAGCACCCGGGAACCAUCACCACGAGAUGGGCCACAACGGCAGCACUAUCGGAAAGUCGAGCCCCGGGACUGCCAACGCCUCUACCGUCGCUGGCUCUCCGUCGCCGGCCCACGGCUACUACGCGCACGAGGCCAAGGUCCUGGGCCAUAUGCAACCGCACUCACAUAGCGCCGAGGCCAACACGAACCCGAUAUACGAAGCCCCGACCGAGACCAGAUAUGAGCUAGAUUCCGGCACGGGGGGUCAUGCUCACACGCCUACGCAACAUGAUCUGUCAGACAGUCAGACGAGGCGGUGA